GCGAUGAGAACAACAGAACGCUGCGGAAACGGACAGUGACACUUCUGAAGACAAUGUCUCAUCACCAACCGCUUUGUUGUUCUCUUAUCUUCCUCUUUCCAUCCACAAACACCAUCACACUUCUUUUCCUGCAGCAAUCAAAGCAAACCUGACGCCAACAACCGCUUACCAUGGACCAGCCAUUGCAAGCUCCCCUACCUCAAGGACAAGUCAAAGUGGCUCUGCCACCGAAUGAGCGAGAGGCGAUGUACAAUGCCUUCGUGCAUUUCGUAGAUCGCGACAACCAGAAGAGAGAGGAGUUCCUUCGGUUGUUCCAGAGCGAGCAACCAGCCCUGAUCGAGAAGUUCUGGGGGCCUGAGCAGAUCCAAGCACAAGACCUGUCCGAUGAAGUCGUUCGAGGAAUCAGCCAGAUAAUCUAUGAACGCGACACCGCUAAAGAUGUCGACAUCGAAGUUCCACAGCAGCAAGUCACCAGAGAAAUGCAAGAGUUCAAUGAUGCCUAUGUCGGCAAGCUACUACCUGCCAGGCUGUACCAGCUGCAAGAUCUCAUCAAGGCCUCGGUACCAAGCACGCAAAUGAGGGAAGGAGAAUGGCUCAAGACCCUACCACCUAGCAGACUCCCCGAGAACGAGCAAAUCUUCCUCAAUAAGUUCUUGAAAGCUCACCUUCCAGACGAGGUCAAGGGAGCGAUUGAGCAAGGAGAAUCAGUACCAGACGAGCAAUCUCAGGGGAUCGAAGACCUCAACAUGGAGUACCAGGCGUACAUAGAUGGAGGAUGGAUGUUUGAUGGAAAUCUGGAGCCAGUUGAGCCCGAGGAAGAGUCCGAGGAAGAAUCCGAGGAAGAAUGAUUGGGACGAAGAAUGGACGACAAUGCUCGACAUGACUGGUAAUGACAACGAUGAUGAUUAUCAAAACUGUCUUGUGGACGUCGAAUAGUCAGUCCGAGAAGGUGUUCUUAAGCCGGGCCUGUGUGGACCUCAGGGUCUGUGUCGGUUGUACCUUUUUCCAGGCGAAUUGGAACAGUCCAGGCCAAUAAAUGCAUAUUCGGGCUUCUGUUCCUGUCGCUUACAAGUCCGUGCCCUCUUCCCCCAAUUCAGCCUUUCCCAGAGCCUCCCACAUCCUAUUUGUGCCACCUCGACGCCCCCCGUUUCUCAUUCGGCCCCCCAAAGAUCAAAUUUGCUAAAAAGUUUUUCA